AUGGAGACAUUUUUCAAAGCACGUAGUAUACCAGUUAGUUUUCGAAUUGCUUUUAUUGGUUUAUUAGGAAUUAUAUUUUGUCUUAUUGGUGCAGCAGGCAUAGUUUUAUCUAUAAUUGAGUUGUUUCAUGGUCGACCAAGUGUUUCUCAUUAUGAUGAAAGUCACGGUGGUUUAAAAGUUGAAAAUCCACUAUGGCCAUCAUCAGGUAAAGGCUUUUGGGUUGGUCUUGUAUUGUUAGUGACAGGACUUGUUGGUAUAUUAGCAUCUCGGGAAUGGACUCCUCCAUCAAUUUUUGGAUUUACUGCACUUGCUGGUGCGUCAACUAUUCUUUCAUUCUAUUUAAUGAUAACAUGUAUUAUACCUGUUCAUUAUGAUACGAAAUAUUCUGAUACAUCAAGACCUCGUUGGCAAUUAAAUGAACUUAGUAUUAAUUCAUUAUUGAUUGCUGUUGGAGGAUUUGGUACUAUUUUAGGUGCAAUAUCAACUCUUGUUGGGAGUUAUUUUAUUGGUUGUUGUGUUAAUCAACGUGAUAAAAAUGAUUACAUUGAUGAACCUAAUAGAAUUGCAGAAACAUUAUUUAAUAUUGAUGAUUUAUGUCCAACAAAUGCACCUAAACGAUGUGAAUGGUGUAAAGGCCCAUAUCAUAUUCGAAAACGUUGUCCAAAAUUAGCAGCAUUAGCAAAUGAAAAUGAAAAGAAAAAACGAACAACUAAUUAUAAUGAACAACAAUCUUAUAUGAAUAAUCAUUCAACAUAUUUAUCAAACAAUGUUCAAGAUAAUAUACGAUAUUAUAAUAAUACUCGUAAUGGAUAUAAUCAACCGAAGUCUGCUCCACCUAAUCAACGUCCUUUUCAAUAUGCAGUCAAUGAAAAAUCAAGAGAAUUUCAUAAUUCAUUUGAACAAUCAACAAAUAAUUCACGUCGUUCAUAUCCAUAUAAUCAUUAUAGAAAAGAAUGUUAUAUUUGUAAAAGUACCGAACAUCUUAAAGCAGAGUGUCCAUCACAAAAGAAACAUGCAGUUCAACAGCAAAAAUUUUCUAGCUAA